AUGCCCCUCCCUACGCACUUCAAGCUCAACACCGGCGCGGCAAUUCCCGCAGUGGGAUUUGGCACCUGGCAGGCCGGUCCGCAUGAGGUUGAGCGUGCCGUCGAGCUGGCUCUGCGCUGCGGAUAUCGCCAUGUUGACUGCGCAGCCAUCUACCGCAACGAGACCGAGGUUGGCGCGGGGAUCAAGGCGAGCGGUGUGCCCCGGUCCGACGUCUACAUCACCGGCAAGCUUUGGAACACCAUGCACCGCCCCGAGGACGUCGAGGCGGGCCUGGACAAGACGCUCAGCGACCUUGGCACCGACUACCUUGAUCUCUUUCUCAUGCACUGGCCCGUUGCCUUCAAGCCGAGUGACAAGUGGUUUCCAAUCGACCAGGACGGGGUAUUUGAGCUAGCCGAUAUCGACCCUGCAGAAACCUACGCCGCCAUGGAGAAGCUGCUCUCUACUGGCAAGGUGCGGGCUAUUGGGGUAUGCAACUUCAACAUACGCCGGCUGCAAGAUCUACUGUCCAAGACCAAGAUCGUGCCCGCCGUCAAUCAGAUCGAGGCACAUCCGUAUUUACAGCAGCCCGAGCUUGCCCGAUUCUGCCGGGCCAACAACAUUCUCAUCGAAGCGUACUCUCCCCUCGGGAAUAACCAGCAGGACGUCCCCAGAACUGUGGACGACCCGGCUGUGCAGGCUCUUGCCGACAAGAUCGGCAUGGACGCUGGUCAAAUGCUCUACUCUUGGGGCGUGCAGCGUGGGACUGUCGUGCUUCCCAAGAGCGUCACGCCCCAUCGCAUCGAGUCCAACAGGCAGGUGCAGGAAUUAUCCAAGGAAGCUUUUGAUGAGCUCAGCUCCCUGGAGCGACACAAGAGGUUCAAUGGCCAGUCUCAGUGGGGUUGUGACAUAUUCGAGGAGAUUGGCGAGGAGACGGCCAAGAAGAUCGCGAGAGAGUGCGGGCCCACGCACCUCAAAAAGUUCACUGUUUGA